AUGGAGCUUGCCGACGGAAUAGUGAUGAUUAACAAGUAUAAAGACUCUAAGCACUUUGUGAUGGAUGCCUGUCUUUACCCCAGUGACAGUAGCCACUUCUUUACAGCUUCGUUGGAUGGAAAGAUAAGAAUGUAUUCAGUAGCAAGCAAUAAGCUGCUAAAGGUAUUUAAGGGACAUGAAAAAGGAGUUAACUCCGUCUGCUUUAUCAAUCCAGAGACUUUUGUUACAGGAUCUGAUGACUGUACUGUUAUGGUAUGGGAUGUAAGAAGGCCGCUGCCAGUUGCAGUGCUGAGGGGUCAUACAAAGAACGUAAACACGGUAAAGCCACUCAAGAGUGGAUUUGCUUCGUGCUCUGAGGACAGCACCGUCAGAUUCUGGAAUAAUGAAUUUAAAACUGUUGAUAUUUUGAACAUGCAGGGAAGAGUGUGGGAUCUGUAUGUCAAAGAGGGCAAAAUAUUUGUAGGAUCUGAUGAGGAGUUGAGUGUGUUCCAGGAGUUGAGUUCUUCGCCGACUGCAGCUCUACGGGAAAAUAAGAUAUUCUACAAUAUUGGAAGCGAGGUUUUCAGUGUUAAGGUUGAUGAGCUUGGUGCCUAUAAAGAAUUGGGCACACUUGAUGGGCCAUUUGAGUAUUUUGUGUCAAGUCCAAACGGCAAAUUGAUAGCUGUUGUGGGAAAUCUGGAAAUUAAUGUGUAUUCGGUAUUGGGAAUGAGAAAGAAAUACUCGGAUAGCGGAAGGGAUCUAUGCUUUAUCGAUACAGAUAGAUUUGUAUAUCUUAAAGAUUCGGAUGUUGUGUUUGUAUCAAGAAACGAAGUUGAGACCAAGAUGCAUUUGGAUAUUAACAGACUUUUAUAUUCAAAUACUAAAAAGAUGAUUGCCAAUGCUAAGAAGACUGCACUGUAUUCUAUUGACAGCCGCAUUACACUUGUGCAUGAAUUUGACAUUACUGUUCAGAAAGCUAUCAUUGUUAAUGAGCAUUUUAUACUUUUUGGCGAUCAAAUUCAUAUUUUUAAUGCUAAGCUUGAGGAAGUUGGUGUUUUGGAGCACAGGGUCGAGAACUUUAUAGACCACGAUGGCAUACUAAUCUUCAGCACUGUAAAUAUGACGUUUUAUCUCAUACUUGAUGGCGACAAGGUGCAUCUGUCGCACCUGAAGCAUUAUGGCCAAAUUAUAGGUAUUAAGGACAAGACCAUAUUUUAUACUCUAAUGGCAUCAAGACAGACUUCAUUGACAUGGACUUCAUCAGCUUUAAACGGGACUUUUUCAACGGACUGA